AUGGGCUCUCUAUCCUCUCCGGAAUAUGAUGCCAUCAUCGUCGGUGGUAGCUUCGCCGGAUGUUAUUACACCCUUGACCAACUCCGAAAGGCUGGAUUCAAGACCCUUGUGAUCGACGAUGCAGCCGAUCUUGGCGGUGUCUGGUACUGGAACUGCUAUGCCGGAGCACGUGUCGACACACCCGCGCCUCUCUAUGAGUUCUCUGAAGAAGAGAUCUGGAGACCAUGGACUUGGUCCGAGAAGUAUCCUGGGAGAGAAGAAAUUCGAAACUACUUCCAGCAUGUCGAGUCCAAGCUACAUCUCAAGAAGGACGUCAUGUUCAACACCCGUGUUGUCAGUGCUGACUUCGAUAAGAUGGAAUCCCACCUGGUCCGGCAGUCGUAG